AUGGUUGUAGGAGGACAGCCUGUGACAAGGGCGAGGGCUUGGGUAUGCGCGUCUGUGGUUACGGACGACCUACCCAUGCGUCUCUCGAUCGGCAAAGCCGUCACGGUUGUGGCUGCUUGGCCUUGCCGCGAUAGCCCGCAUAAGAUCGGUACGGGCCGCGAAGUGGCACCUAGGGACGGAAAAAGAGCAGGGGGCGUCAGCCGAGAUGCCGAAACUCUGAUUAGGGUCGUGAGAUUGACGCGCCUCAAAGCUUCCAAUAUUUACACACCGAGCAUGGACGUCGAGGGCCGAGGCGUAGAAAUAUGUCUGAUUCGUGUAUGCGCCACUCCCGAUGCUUGGGAGACGGAUUGGUAUCCGAAGGGCGGCUAUCCAGGUCGAUCAACCUCACCAGGGGACGGGAGUCAGGCAACUGUCGAGUCAAGGGCCAAUCCGAAUUGGUUGAGGGCAAUGCGGAUAACCACCUAUGCCGUACCUUGUGCUGUUCUGGGAGGUCUCGUGGUUGAAAGAGUCGCGUUACCCCAGGACAAUGGCAUGCUCUCCCUAAGGACAAAGCAGCUGCGGCAGGAUCAGAACGCCUACACUACACUAGGUACACUAGUGGAGGAGCCUGCGAUGGGAAAUCCGCUCGAGCCCCCGACAAACAACGUGGAACCGCGGUUUGGCUGCACGCCGCAUGUGGGCUGA